CAGCGGCGGCGGCUCCGGUGGCUCCUCCUCCUCCUCUGGUGGCGGUGGCGCCCCGGGCCCGAGCCCCGGCUCCCCUCUCCGCCACCCCGCGCGCCCCCUCCUCCCCCGGCGCCGCGGGGAACAUGAGGCUCCGCUCCCGGAGGCCGGCGAGUGAGUGACCCCCGUCCCCCGCCUCAGCCCGCCCGCCCGCUGGCCCGGCCGCUCCCCCCCGCCUCGCCCAGGCAAUGACAGCGGCUCCGGCGUCUCCGCAGCAGAUCAGGGACCGGCUGCUGCAGGCCAUCGACCCCCAGAGCAACAUCCGGAACAUGGUGGCGGUGCUGGAAGUCAUCUCCAGCCUGGAGAAAUACCCCAUUACCAAAGAGGCACUGGAGGAGACUCGACUUGGGAAGCUCAUCAACGACGUACGCAAGAAAACCAAGAACGAGGAGCUCGCCAAGCGGGCCAAAAAGCUGCUGCGGAGCUGGCAGAAGCUCAUCGAGCCCGUGCACCAGAAUGAGGCGGCGCUGCGAGGGCUGGGGGGCGGCACCGGCUCUGCCAACGGGGGUGCUCAUAACUGCAGGCCGGAGGCGGGGGCGGCCGGCACGCCUAAGAGCAUCCAUGACCUGAAGAACCGUAACGACAUCCAGAGGCUGCCUGGGCAGCGGCUGGACAGGCUGGGCAGCCGCAAGCGCCGCGGAGAUCAGCGUGACCUCGGCCACCCUGGGCCACCUCCUAAGGUCUCCAAAGCCAGUCAUGACUCCCUGGUACCCAAUUCGUCCCCUCUCCCCACCAACGGGAUCGGUGGGAGCCCCGAGGGCUUCCCUGGUACCCUGGACGGCAGUGGGCACUCAGGCCCUGAGGGCGGCCGCCUGGAGCACGGCGAGAGCGACAAGCACAGUGGCAAGAUUCCGGUCAAUGCCGUGCGGCCGCACACCAGCUCCCCGGGCCUAGGCAAGCCACCCGGCCCCUGCUUGCAGACAAAGGCUGCAGUGCUGCAGCAGCUGGACCGGGUGGAUGAGACUCCAGGCCCUCCCCAUCCCAAGGGGCCGCCUCGCUGCUCUUUCAGUCCCCGGAACUCACGGCAUGAGGGCUCCUUUGCCCGGCAGCGGAGCCCAUACACACCCAAGGGCUCCAUGGCCAGCCCCUCUCCACGGCCCCAGCCGCUUGAUGCCACACAGGUGCCAUCACCGCUUCCACUGGCCCAGCCGUCCACACCACCUGUGAGGCGGCUCGAGCUGCUACCCAGUGCAGAGAGCCCGGUGCGCUGGCUGGAGCAGCCCGAGGGCCACCAGCGACUGGCAGGGCAGGGUUGCAAGGUGGGGCUGCCCCCAGCUGAGCCCAUCCUUCCCCGGGCGGGCUUUUCUCCGGACUCCUCCAAGGCAGACAGCGAUGCUGCCUCAUCUGGUGGCUCGGACAGCAAAAAGAAGAAGAGGUACCGGCCUCGUGACUACACAGUGAACUUGGAUGGGCAGGUGGCUGAGGCGGGUGUCAAGCCUGUUCGGUUAAAAGAGCGGAAGCUCACCUUUGACCCCAUGACCAGACAGAUCAAACCUCUGACCCAGAAAGAGCCAGUGCGGGCUGACAGCCCUGUGCACACAGAGCAGCCCAGGACAGAGCUGGACAAGCCCGAGGCCAAGGCCAGCCUCCAGAGCCCUUUUGAACAGACGAACUGGAAGGAGCUGUCGCGCAAUGAGAUCAUCCAGUCCUACCUGAGCCGGCAGAGCAGCCUGCUCUCAUCAUCAGGCGCACAGACCCCUGGGGCUCACCACUUCAUGUCUGAGUACCUGAAGCAGGAGGAGAGCACCCGGCGUGGGGCCAGGAAGCCGCAUGUGCUGGUGCCUCACAGCGCGCCCACGGACCUCCCAGGCUUGAAUCGAGAGGUUACACAGGACGAUCUGGACAGAAUCCAGGCCCACCAGUGGCCGGGGGUGAACGGGUGUCAGGACACACAGGGUAACUGGUAUGACUGGACGCAGUGCAUAUCGCUCGACCCGCACGGCGACGACGGGCGGUUGAACAUUCUGCCUUAUGUCUGCUUGGACUGACCAGCCUGUCGGCCUCUAAGUGCAUUCCCACCUUGCAGUUAGCAUGGCAGGCGGGCAGCCGGGGCCUGGCUGCCUCCAGUGGUUGGGAAUCUGGGGAGUCCGGCCCGGGGCGGGAGGGAGGGGGCG